AUGUCUACGCAAGACCUGCAGAGUACCCUACAUCAACUUCAGCACUCUCCAUCACUCCCUCUAGACCAGAUCUCGUCCCUCCUCUCAAAUGCCAAACGCCAGCUCCUCCAACUCGACGCCCUUCUCCCAACCCCAUCAACUCCCCCGCAGCUACUUCACCUUGCGCGUGCCACUCUAGAAACUGGCGCUAUCCUCUCAAUAAGAGUCAAGAAUCCCGAUGCCUUCACCCGCUACUUCCAACAACUGUCCCCAUUCUACGAGCUCCCUUCCUCAUCAUUCUCACCGAAAGGCGACGGUCAACGAAGUAAAGUGACAGGUCUAUACCUCUUAUUACUCUUGACAAAGGGAGAUUAUGCAGAGUUUCAUACCGCGUUAGAGGGACUGGAGACGGAGAUCACUGGUGUAGGAGGGAAAUUGUUGGAGGAUGAUAAGUUCAUUGGGUAUCCCGUGAAGCUGGAACGGUGGUUGAUGGAAGGGAGUUACAAUCGAGUAUGGAAAGCAAUCGGACGGGAAAGCGUGCCAAGUGAAGAGUUCGGGGUCUUCAGUGAGGUCUUGAUCGGCACGAUACGCUCGGAAAUUGCGUCUUGCUCCGAAAAAGCAUACCCAUCGCUCCCAAUACCCAAUGCGAAAAACCUACUUUUCCUUGAUAGCGAAGGCGGUGUUGUCGAGUUCGCCCAGUCUCGAGGCUGGGUCGUCAAGGAUGGCAGGAUAUGGUUUCCCGCGCAAGAGGACGAAAACGGAGGCAUGAACAGAGAUACACUUUUGGCAAGCAAGCAGGUCAUCGAGAACACUAUCGGUUAUGCUAGAGAGCUAGAGACGAUUGUCUGA